AUGUUAAUCGCGGCGAUUGCUGCUUUUGCCGCUGCUGCGACGUUCGGCGCUGGCGCUGGCGCUGUUCGGGAAGAGAACAGGCCGCAGUUACAAGCCGACGAUAAGCAACAUCAAUGCAUAAUUGAGGUCACGAACGGUCGAUCUCUGAUGGAUUACUGCAUCAGAAAAUCUCUGCUUUUGCGAUUUUCGUCGAGUAUGACGUCGCUUAAGCAGUCAAUACACAUACUUGGUGUGGGAGACAUACUCGCCAUGUUUGCUCACAGAAGCUUACUGGUAUGGACUUUUCUAGAAGUGAUUGCAUAA